AUGUUUGGCUCGGUGUUUUUGACACAAUUGCAAGCCCGCUUUACCAACAAUCGAAUGCCCUCCAAGUUGGCCAAUUCAUACCAGCAGUUGUUGGACGAAUUCUCCAGCAGCGAGCUGAAAUCCGUUGGAAAUUAUACCCUCGGCCGAUUAAUAGGAAAGGGAUCAUUCGGAAAAGUUUAUCUUGCGACGCAUAAGCUCACCAAUGGGUCAAAGGUUGUUUUAAAAUCCGCGCACAAGGACGAUGCCAACCUUGCUCGCGAAAUUCACCACCACCGACAAUUUGUUCACCCGCACAUUGCGCGGCUAUACGAGGUCAUUGUGACGGAAAACUUGGUGUGGCUCGUGCUUGAAUAUUGCUCUGGUGACGAAUUGUACAACCAUCUCCUCCAACAUGGACCACUCCCCGUGGCCAAAGUACAAAAGAUAUUUUGCCAGCUUGUCGGUGCUGUAUCGUACGUCCACUUACAGUCAUGUGUCCAUCGCGAUUUGAAACUCGAAAAUAUCCUGCUCGAUAAAAACGAAAACGUUAAACUCGUCGACUUCGGCUUCACGCGAGAGUACGAAGGUCGCACCAAUUAUCUGCAAACUUUCUGCGGUACAAUAUGCUACGCAGCACCCGAAAUGCUCAAGGGGGAGAAAUAUGCCGGCGAAAAGGUAGAUGUUUGGAGUUUGGGAAUUAUAUUAUACGCGCUGCUCUGCGGGGAAUUGCCCUUCGACGACGAUGACGACAACAUUACACGAACAAGAAUAUUGUCCGAGGAACCAAAGUACCCCGACCACCUUACUUCCGAUGCUAUUUCCUUACUCAAGCUCCUCCUUUCAAAACGACCCCUUCCUCGGCCGUCAUUUCCUGAUAUACUAGCACACCCCUUCCUUGUAGAACAUGCUCCUGCACAACAAGCAAUUCUCGACGUCAAGGCACACUCCCCGUUUUCCACGGCAUUAGAAAAGGACUGCCUGGAGCGCAUGCGAAGUGCCGGGGUCGACAUUGAUGCGGUAAUCGAAAGUGUCUUGGCGCAAAAAUGCGAUGCAUUGGCCGGCUGGUGGACGUUACUAUUGGAGAAGGAGGAACGGAAGAUGUUGAGGAGGGAUCGAAAACGACAAGAAAAGGAGCUAGAAAGGAGCCUGCGAAGGCUAUCUGCCGCCUCGAGCCGACUUGACCGCAUGACGCCGAUUUUGCAGGAUGUGGACGAGGAUGCAGGCCUGACAAGUCAGUUUAUUAGACUCGGUGAACAUGGCUCCAGAAGAGGAAGGCCAGAACAAAGGAGCGCAAAUUACCAUGGCGAUUUUACAGUGACAGACUUGCCAUUGCUUCCAGAGUCUGGCCGACCUCACAAUGACAUUCCGCCGACACCAAUUGAUAAGGACUCAAUUCGGUCUGUAUCUACUUCACGGCACCGUCGACCCAUCCCACCACCGAAGGAAGGCGUGAUUCGCAGCGCCAGGUCCCGUGGAUCUACAUUGCAUUUGGUGACAACUUCGGAUACGCUCGGCAUCAGAAGCAAUGGCAGUGCCGCGCAAAAUACUCAACAAAAUGGGCAGCAAAAGACGAAGAAGAAGCCCAGUCAAGCUAUCAUUGCCCACUGGAAGAACCUGUCACAUUGGUUUAUUGAAAAUGCGACGAAGCGGAGAAAGGGCCACGAAAGGCGAACGAGUCGAAGCACGCCUAACUUGCAUCUGAAGGAUAGCUCUGGUAACAGCGGUGGCAAAGAUGUCAGCCCAAGACCUCAGACAAGCAAGUACCCGACUACAAGUUCUGUUGAUAGCGGCCACCCGACAGCAUCAUUGCCAAAAGGCGUCGUGGCAAAUGGCUUGACCAAAGGAGGACCGGUUAAUGGCCAAGCCAAUGUUCCCACCAGAACCCCUUCGGGCUCGUCUUUCCCCCCUUCGGCUCACAUACAACCUCUCCGGCCACGAGUAGCGAAUUCUUCAUCCUACAAGCGCCAGUCGUUGUCUCCCGCCCCUGUUACUCCUCGAUCUGCUAUGCGUCGAUCUUCUGCCGGCUUGCGAGGAAGAAAGUCCACCUCGUCGUCUGUGUCUUCCGUUCGAUCUAUGCAUCACCACCGUCACUCGCAUUCCAAGGCUUCAUCAACUAGCUCAGCCGGCUCCGUCUCGACGUCGAAAACUCCUCUUGGACGCGGACAGUCUCCUCAUCAUUCCGUCAAAGUGUUGCCGGCUACGCCGACGGCCAACUCGUUCCCCUCCAACAUUCGUCUUGUUCGAGGGUCUCCAGCUCCGCCUCCGUUGCGUAUUUACGAUGAAGGAAUGCCGAGCGGGAACCAACAACCGCCUCCUGGUUCACCAAAUCCCUUUUCUUCCGGGGUGCUAUUUGCCAAGCGAAAGAGAAACAUCUUCAAGGGGCCGUCGUUGAACUUUGGCAGCGCUGGCCAUCACAUCAGCCGUAACACAAACUCAGGAUCUCAUUCACGCAGUGGAAGCGGUUCCGCGCUGGGUCGGCGAUCGGGAGAAAUCACCAUUCAGGAAGAAGAUGAGGAGCCGGUCGUCGAGGAGGACGAAGAAGAGGAGGACGAGUUUGAAGAAGUCGAGUCUUUCCAGCCUAUUGUCGGGAGACCAGGCGAGAUUAUCGAAGAGCAGAUUCUCGAAGACGAGCCGUUGCAGUUGGCCGAUGUCGAGAGCCCAUCAGCCGAAAAUGCACCCGCAACGGCAAAAGUAGACGCAGCCAAGUCGUAA